UUCCGCGUCUCGUCACCCAUUUCUCUCUGCUUGUUUUCCUCCUAUUUUUCGCGGGGUGCGGAGGGAGAGGAUAGGCCAUUGUUACCCGUAGUCGUGGAGAGCAUUUGCCAUUGAUUUGUUAGGAGUAAUCUACUGGUGCGGGUAGAGAUGGGGCUCUUAUUUACGAAGCUCUUUAGUCGGCUAUUUGCUAAGAAGGAGAUCCGGAUUCUGAUGGUCGGUCUUGAUGCCGCUGGUAAGACCACGAUCCUGUACAAGCUGAAGCUUGGGGAAAUUGUCACAACCAUCCCAACUAUUGGGUUCAAUGUUGAGACUGUUGAGUACAAGAACAUUAGCUUCACUGUUUGGGACGUUGGUGGUCAGGAUAAGAUCAGACCUUUGUGGAAGUACUACUUCCAAAAUACGCAGGGUCUCAUUUUUGUUGUCGACAGUAAUGACAGAGAACGUGUUAUUGAGGCCAGGGAUGAGCUGCACCGGAUGUUAAGUGAGGAUGAGCUGCGAGAUGCCGCCUUGCUCGUGUUUGCAAACAAACAGGACCUACCAAAUGCGAUGAAUGCCGCUGAAAUUACCGAUAAACUUGGCCUCCAUUCUCUUCGCCAGCGGCACUGGUACAUCCAGAGCGCUUGCGCCACUUCCGGUGAAGGCCUCUAUGAGGGGCUCGAUUGGCUCUCCAGCAACAUUGCCUCUAGGGGCUGACGCAAUCAAAGGAGCACUUCUAUGUUAGCAGGUGGAUCAUGAUUGAACUAUGCAGACGGAUUGAUUUUUCAGAUUCAGGAAUAUUAAUCUAUAUUUUGUUUUCGCUGAUAUAUAAACAGAAUAGAUAUAUUUAUAAUUUUAUAUCCAUCGAUUUAUUUUUUGUUUUAAUUUUUGGCUCGUGACAUCUAGUUUCUGUUGCAGGUAUGUAUUUGACUUGUUGUGUGUUUAACUGCGCCAAUUAUACUGGAAAUUUUUUG